AUGAUCCCGCAGUCUGUCUUCUGCGUUCCCUUCGAGGUAGCGCAGAAACGGGCCGGCUGCUGGAUUCUCGGUAGUGGUACCAAUAUCAAGGAGAUCGACUUCAAGGUUGCCAAAGACAACCGACAAGGGGUCAGCAAGAAAUGUCUCCGCAUCGAUUUUGUCAUACGCUCAGAUGGGAAGCCUGUUCUGCGAAUUACGAACGAGUUGGAGAACGCUAAGUUGUGCAUACAAUAUAGCGAACAUUCUACUGAAGAUGUUAUCCAUCUCGCCAAAGGGAACUGGAAUGAGAUCGAGAAAUCCGUCAUCAUACGCCAUUCGAAGUUCACAUUUCGCAUGUGGCUUCCCUCUCGCACCCGUCUUGUUACGAAGGCUUUGGAGUAUUGGCCUCCGCUCGAUAGCGAACCAGCCACUGUUAACGAAGCAUCCUGCAUCUCAAGGGAUGGCAUUCUGUAUACGAAAGUACCCGAGCUGGCAAUUUGCGCAGCUCAUGCUACAGAGACAUCAGGCAGAGUCUUUAUCCUACAUCUCGCCAUUGCCAUCGAUAUUGCCUACAUGGCGAAUGGGGCUGCUCCACUCUGGUUGAUACUCGAGCAUGUUCCGUUCAGUUUAAGUACUUACAUCUGUGAUCGACGCCGAUGGCCUAAAGCACCACUUCCUCCAGUUAUUCCUACUGACAUUAUCUCACAGAUAGCCUGUUUCCUUAUCUUCCUCCAUGGGCAGAACCUUGUGCAUAGGGAUUUGAGCCUGCGCAAUAUUCGUUUGUCUCCCGAGAAGACGCGAUGA